GUGAGGGAGAGCAGGAGGAGGAGGAGGAGAGAGGAGAGGAGAGAGGAGAGAGGAAGAGGAGACAGACAGGCAGCGGCAGUAUCCUGGCGCAUUGGAGCUUAUGGAUUAUUGAGAAGUGGAGGCCGAGACGCGGUUGAAAUAUUCAUAAGGACUUUUUAAAGAGGAAAAAGACAGAGUGGGAUAGUGCAGAGAUUUACCUGCCCGGUGCGCUCUGACUGACCAGAGAGGAUUCUGCAUCUAGCGUGUGUGUGUGUGUGUGUGUGAGAGAGAGAGAGCGGUGUGUGAGCGCGCGCGCGCGUGCGCGUGUGUGUGUGUGUUUGGAAAGGAGCCCCCCUGCUGCAGUACUUGCCUGCUGCACGGGUACAGGGAUGGCACCGACUUGCUGACGGGCACCCGGUAGCCUAAACCCGCAGCGUACUCCUCUCCUCCCCUCCUCCCGGAACGGACGGACGCACCGACCCCUGUGAUCCCCACUAAUAUGCAAUGGUUUUUUGUGCAGAAGCCGACAGCCGCCGCGUACCGCCGACUUCACGCUAGCGCCGCCGCAUGCCUGUCAGUCGCUGCCGCUCCUCUCCCCGCGCCGCGCGGCAGACGACGCCAUUUGAAGAGGAGCGCUCGGGGGCUUUUCACGCCGCGGCGGCCGGGCGGCAGCAGCAGCACCACCACCACCGGCAGCAGCAGCGACCGCUCCUCCGCAGCUGAGGAGGACCACCGGCCGCUGGGGCAGCCGGAGGCGGAGACCGAAGAGAAAAGCGCCGCAGUGGUUGCUCUUUUCCUGCCGCACGGGGACGACGUCGACGCGGAAUACCUGCGGCUGGUGGUCUCCGAGCUCGCGGGAGAGCCGGGCGAGAGACCGGGCGAGGAGCCGGGCUUCCUGCUCCUGUUCCUGUCUAUGGUGCAGAUCGGCAGGGCGAAGCACCCCCGAACUGAGCCCGACAGCUGGCCGGCUCUGCUGGCAUGCAAACAGGGGGGCGUAUCAGCCCCCAUGCGGUGGGUGAAUUUUAGGCUGCCGCAUCCGGAGCGCCUCUCGCCCCCCCACACCUCCUCUUCUUUCUCUUCUGCCCCCUCCUCUUCUUCUUCUUCCUCCUCCUCCUCCUCCUCCUCGUCCUCCUCCCCCGUCUCGGCCAAAUCCAUGCGGUUUAUUUGGAACAACAUUUUCAGCAAAGGAUCGCAUAUGCUGCAGUGUCUUUGUGGCAGGAGCCUCAAGAAAAACAAGAACCCAACUGAACCACAGCUGAAGGGCAUAGUGACCAGGUUGUUCUGCAGACAGGGCUUCUAUCUCCAGAUGGGCCAGGAUGGAAGUCUGGACGGGACCAAAGACGACAGCACCAACUCCUCUCUGUUUAACUUAAUUCCUGUGGGUCUGAGAGUCGUGGCCAUCCAAUCAGUCAAGACUGGUCUCUACAUUGCCAUGAACGGAGAGGGUCACCUCUACUCCUCGGAACUGUUUACGGCGGAGUGCAAGUUUAAGGAGUCGGUGUUCGAGAACUACUAUGUGAUCUACAGCUCUAUGCUCUACAGACAGAAGGAGUCGGGCCGGGCCUGGUUCCUGGGCCUCAAUAAAGAGGGACAGGCCAUGAAGGGCAACAGGGUCAAAAAGACCAAACCAGCUGCACACUUUCUGCCUAAACCUAUAGAAGUUGCGAUGUACCGGGAGCCUUCAUUGCACGAUGUAGGAGAGGCGGUGCCUAAACUCGCUGGGGGCCCGCCCUCCAAAAGCACAACCAGUGAACCGGUGGUCAUGAACGGCGGGAAACCAGUUAGCAAACCCGACAAGGAGGCGACAUAGCCCCGCCGUGAGUCUGAACCCUCCCCUGGCUGCUGAUCUGACGCCAGACUCGCCCCACUGCUGCACACUCAAAAAAACAAAAAAAAAAAAACAAGAAAAU